UUAUUACAUGACAUUUGCUCAAGACUUCAACAGUUGACGCCAAAAGCAGCGACCGUACCGAGAUUUGCUGACAAGCCUUCUGUGCUCAAAAGGGAAUUUGUUGCAGCUGGAGACCUCUCUCGUCGUUUACAUCAUCAUUAUUAGCUUUCUUUUUUGUUGCAGAGAUGACCCUGCACACAUUUCAAUAACUUAGCAAAAAGAUUUUUGGUAUUUACUGAAUGGAUAUUAAUGCAUGAUUUGAUAUGAUUCGCACCCCUAGAAGGAGAGCUCUGUGCUGUACAAGUGAUAGAUAUGAGAUUUUGAUGGAUUGAUUGAUAAUUUUCACACAUAGCGAGAAAAAAUUAAUUGUGGGGGUCUAAUAUGCAUUGUAAAUUACUGUUCUUCCCCUUACUGCUCUUCUUCUUGUUGUUUUCCUCUGCUUUGUUAUGUACCCAUCUCAUCUCUUUCGAAGUCUGGGAGGAAAUAAUGCACGGGUUGCUGAUGAAGAGCAGACCCAGAUGGGAUUCAACCUGAGUGAUGCUGUUUCUGAUCUCGCAAGAAGCCCCAUUAUUAGUCCAAGGUCUUCAAGCAAUCUGACUGUGGCCACCUCCUCUCCUUUGCAUGCUCAAUUUUGUGGCUUCGCUCAUGGAAAUGUGGGAUCAUUUGAAGUGGGUGCUUCAUCAGCAGCAGAUGACUGCAGGCUCAACUUCAGAGCUCGUCCUCAGCAGCAAGUUGAUAACUGGGGUGAUUCUGGAAUGUUGCAAGUUGACGAUAGAAAUCGCAAUUAUGAAGAUGAUCAGCGUGGAGCCGUUGUCUCUCGUGAUUGUUCUGUUGUGUCACAGGAGAAAACAGGCAACCACAAGGCGACUCGGCGCCUUGCUCAGAAUCGAGAGGCUGCAAGGAAAAGUCGCUUGAGGAGAAAAGCAUACGUUCAGCAACUUGAGAGUAGCCGGAUCAAGUUGGCACAACUAGAACAAGAGCUUCAACGAGCAAGGCAGCAGUUUAUAACAGUUGUUUCUGUUAACUGCCUAGGAGCUUUACCCUUUGAUAUGGAGUAUGCUCGAUGGAUUGACGAGCAUCAACACCAAAUCAACAACCUUCGAUCAGCAUUAAAUUCUCAUUUAAGCGAUGAUGAUCUACGACAUCUUGUCGAUGCUGUGAUGUCACAUUAUGAUGAGGUCUUCCGGCUCAAAGGUGUUGGUACUAAAUCAGAUGUGUUUCACAUGCUUUCGGGCAUGUGGACUACCCCAGCAGAGAGGUGUUUCCUGUGGUUGGGAGGGUUUCGUUCUUCUGAACUUCUCAAGAUACUUGCAGGUCAGCUCGAGCCCUUGACAGACCAACAGUUGAUGGGUAUUUGCAACCUUCAGCAGUCUUCACAGCAGGCUGAGGAUGCGCUAUCGCAGGGGAUGGAAGCUCUGCAGCAGUCUUUGUUGGAUACACUUGCAGCUGCAGCUCCUAGACAAUCUGCUGGCUCUGACAAUGUUGCUAACUAUAUGGAUCAGAUGGCAGUUGCGAUGGGCAAGCUCGGAACACUUGAGAACUUCCUACGACAGGCUGAUCUUUUGCGGCAGCAAACCUUACAUCAGAUGCAUCGCAUACUCACUACCCGUCAAGCUGCACGAGCACUGCUUGCCAUUAGUGAUUACUUCUCCCGGUUAAGAGCGCUUAGUUCCUUGUGGGUUGCAAGGCCAAGAAGCUAGCAGGGAUUCCGUUAGAUUAUUAGUGGGAGAAUAUAUAAUGUCGUUAUGCUUGAAUACUCGUUGGAUUUUUUAGCUCCUCAGCCUGCUGUGGCAGUCAAUUUUGUUCUUGUAAUUAAUCUACGACGAGUACUGUUCACUAUAAGAUAUUUUGAAAUUGUGUCCUUGUUAAGGAAACUUGUAUCUUUGCCUUUC